GAGACCAAACGCUCUCAGAAGUGCUAUUUAGGAACUUAACAGAAGUCUGAAGCUCAGAUUUCAUUAGACCGGUGUUCAAGCGACACCGGGAGUUUCCAAAAACACUUGAUUUUAGUCGUUUGUUAUAUUAACGUGCGCGCGCAAGAUGAACUGGUGACGAUCACCAACGUGCCCAAACCUGCGCAUUAAAGACAUGACAAUUUCCUCAACCCGAAGCGUUUUCUGGCUCAUAUUAAGCUUUGCUGUUGUGCUCGCUGCUUCAGAGGAGGAAGAAAAGUCGUCCAGUGCAAUAUUUGAUAAUUUCCUGGAGGACCUCCAAAACACAGCCGAUGUCAACUGUGCAAAUGUGAAGUUCUCCCUACGAAAUCCAUUCCAACCAGACAAUGACGUUUGUUACAUCGUACGUGGAAAACCCGAAACUCUCAGUAGCUGCGAAUUUAACAACACUUCAAAAACCUUUUUGGUCAUUCAUGGCUGGACGGUAAUUGGAUUGUUCGAGAGCUGGGUUGAGAAACUGGUCGCCGCGCUCUAUGAGAGGGAGAAGGACGCCAACGUCAUUGUCGUGGACUGGUUGGAAACCGCGCAGGACCAUUAUGUGGUGGCAGCACAAAACACGAAGAUAGUGGGAAAGGAGAUCGGACUCUUUAUAGACUGGUUAGAGGAGAUAACAAACAUUCCUUUGGAGAAGUUGCAUCUUAUUGGCUACAGUCUUGGUGCCCACGUUGCAGGCUUUGCGGGAAGUCACGCCACUAACAAAGUUGGAAGAAUCACAGGUUUAGACCCAGCAGGGCCGGACUUCGAAGGCGUUCAUGCCCAUAGACGGCUAUCCCCAGAUGAUGCCCAUUUUGUGGACGUCCUCCACACUUUCACCCGCCAUUCCCUUGGUCUCAGUAUUGGUAUCCAGCAGCCCGUUGGUCAUGUGGAUAUAUACCCCAAUGGAGGAAGUUUCCAGCCUGGAUGUAACUUGAGAGGAGCCCUUGAGAAAAUCGCCAAUUUUGGAAUACUAGCCAUAAAUGAGGCUAUCAAAUGCGAGCAUGAGCGCUCCGUCCACCUGUUUAUCGACUCCUUGCUGAACGAGGAAGAAGCCAGCAAAGCUUACCGCUGCGGGAGCAAUGAGAUGUUCGACCGAGGCAUGUGCCUUCAGUGUCGCAAGAACCGAUGUAGCACCGUGGGCUACGACGUCAGCAAAGUUCGCAAGGCACGAAGCGCCAAGAUGUUCACCAUGACGCGAGCGUCCAUGCCUUUCAGAGUUUUUCACUAUCAGCUGAAGAUCCAUUUUCUUGGAAAGAUGAACCAGUCGGAGAUGGAGCCAGCAGUGACGAUUUCACUUUAUGGAACCAACGGUGACGCAGAGGACCUUCAACUGAAUGUCCAAGAGAAGAUUACCACCAAUAGGACGCAUUCCUUCCUUGUGGUGACUGACAAGGACGUUGGUGAUGUUCUAAAGCUGAAGUUCAAAUGGGACGAUUCCGGUUCCUCCUUAUUCAAUAAGCUGUCCACGUGGUGGUUUGGAGGUUCUGGCGUACAGGUCCAAAAGAUCUGGGUCCGAGCUGGAGAAACACAAAAGAAGGGUGUGUUUUGUUUAAAAGAUCCCCUGAAAGCACGUUCAGCUCAGGAUGUAAUAUUUGUGAAAUGCAAGAAGUCGUGGCGAUCUUCAUCUAAAAGGCCCAGAUUGAAGAGCCCAUGAAAUUAUUCUUAAAGAGAUAUAAUAUUAAAUCUUAAAAGCACUUAAAUAAUAUUUAUACAGCUGUUAUUUAUGAAGAAUGCACUGACUGUAUUGAACACAUAAUGUUUGGGUAGGAAUGUAAUUCAUACAUUUGAGUCUUGGUACAAGCACUACUACCAUUGUUACACAAUGGCCAUGACACAAAACAAUGCUUUAUUAAAAUGUUGAUGUGACAUCAAAGAAUAAUGGACCCUAUAAAGGGUUACUGAAAGGAAAUUGGCAUUGGCUUAAAAGCCUUAAAAUGUAAGUGAUUUAAUAAGAAUAUAGGUCAAGAGGUGGUUUGGUACUGUGUGAUCUUAUGUGAUACAGUUUUUUUGGGGGUGUAACAAGGCUAUAUGUUUAGUUCGUAUUUAACAGUUCAUGAAAACAUCCAUUAUGUCAAUUUUACAUAGUUUCCCCGUCCAAAAAGAAUCAAACGGCUCGGACACUUUUAUCGGUUAUUUUACGAGCUGAAAUGUUAAAGAGACCGCUUUUAAAUCAAAAUUUGUGGGUGUAUUAACCUUGUCCAAAUCGUCUCUGGACAAGAAUUUUUCAGUCGGGCUACAUGAAUAAAAUCAUCAAUCACG